CAAUCUCGAAUAUUCCAUACGAUUUCUGGGGAUGUUGCUACUUUGAAUGGCCGGUCUGGUACAGUUACUACGAUUAUUGCUACCUAGAUUACAACAAAGAACCAGCACAGCUCUGAUAAUAUUCGCGUGUUUAUUGCCAAACAUAUGAGAACCAUAGACCACGCUGAACUUGAAGCAAGAGUCUGCAAUUCUUCCUUAGGCUCUAGGGCCCUCUUUGUAAGCUCAAGAAAUAGAUGAUUGAUACAGGCUGUCUUGGGAUGAAGUCAAGAGAGGACCUUCAAAAGAGAUGGCGCUUUGUAGCCGAAUCGUCGAGCAUUUCAAGUCUGAAAAGUGCCGUGAGAAAGCCUGCCAAUGAAAACCCAUGCAUUUGCGGAUUUCGGUCCAUAUGUUGGAAGAUUUUUUUAUUAUUUCAAGAUUUCGACCACUUAAUUUGGAAUCAGAAGCUUCUUGCUUCGAGGAGGGCCUAUGAUUCUUUGAGGCAACACUUUUUUCGAAACGUCGAACGGCCUAACAAUAUUGACUCAGAGUUUGAUCCGUUGACCGAAGACGAAAAUUCUCCUUGGACAAAUAUUCGACAAGACGAGGCCUUGAGAGAGGAAAUACUUCAAGAUGUUGAGAGAUGCAUGCCAGAUUAUGAAUAUUUCCACCAGAGAGAACCUCAAACAAUGAUGCUGGAUAUACUAUUUGUCUUUUGCAAACUUAAUCCGGACGUCGGGUACCGCCAAGGCAUGCACGAGGUUUUGGCUCCCCUAUUAUGGGUAGUCAAAGAAGAUGCAAUUAACACGGGUCUUUGCCCCUCUGAAACGGAAGAUUCAUCUUUCGUGGGCACAAUGCUUGAUGAGACAUACAUAGAGCAUGAUUCGUUUACUUUAUUCAACCUGCUCAUGCAGUCUGCCAAGCCAUUAUACGACGCGGCUCCAUCAACACCAAAGCAACCAAUCACGUUUGCAUCGAAGCAGAGCGAUUCUUUCAUAGUGCAGAGCAUCAAGAAUGUCUACUACAACCUCUUGCCACAGGUUGAUCCGGAGCUAUCAGAUAGACUCUACAAAGCCGAGAUAGUACCACAGGUUUUCCUUUUACGGUGGUUCAGGUUGAUAUUUGGGCGAGAGUUUCCGUUAGAAAAUCUCCUCCCUUUGUGGGAUCUGAUAUUAGCGGAAGACCCCCAAUUAGACCUUCUUCAAUUUAUUUGUGUCGCAAUGCUUUUGCGCGUCCGAUGGCAUCUCCUCGAGGCGGAGCCACCAGAUAUGUUGAUCAUACUUCUUCGCUAUCCCAUUCCACCAGAAAAUAUAGGAGCUCAGACCUUUGUCGAUGACGCAAUAUAUCUCCGUACCCACCUUGACAUAGAAGGAGGUAGCUACAUCAUAGCUAAGUACUCCAAUAGAACCCCAAAAUACUCUCCUGGCAAGCGCCAAAGCUAUUCAAGGGUUUCUGCGCUUCAAUUUCCGGCGGGCAAAGACAAAGCCGAGUUGCGUUCUCUCUCACCAUCCCAGUCUUCUUCGAUUUCAAGCCCAGAGCAACGUGGACUGGAGAACUUUUUACAGGAUGCUGCACGAGGAGUGUACCGGCGGAGCGAGAAAUGGGGUCUCAGUAACAUAGUUCGCAAUACCGUCGAAGAGAUGCGAAAGGGCGUCCAGAAUUUGCCUACUAGCACUCCCACAAAAGCCCAGGUAUCUGAUGCGGUCCAAGGAAAACCAAAAUCUCAGAUUUGCCAAGAUUACGUGGAUAACAGCCUAACGCCAGUGGACUUAUUGAAAGAUGCACUCAUAGGUCUUCGAGAAUGCGAGGAGGAAAUUAAACAGAUAAAUCGACGCGCUGCAGCAAAGCUUCGAUUGGCUGCCGAUAAAGUCGAAAAUGCCCAGCGUAUGUUUGAAGAUGUUCCAAGGAAGCAGAUUAUUCAGACGGGGAGCGAAGAAUCGGGAGGCCGACCAGAAGGAAUGAGCCUCUUUCAGCAGCACACGUCCGUGGGUUCCUCCGACCAGCCGAAAUCACCUCCGGUCCAGACUCAAACGUCUUCUGCCUUAUAUCCAUCAAAACUUGCUACACUUCCUGCCGGUUACAUAUCUCCGAAUUCCCCGAAAGGUGGACAAUUAGAAACUCAGCCAGUCGAAUCAUUCCAGUCCCCUCGACGAUCCCUCGCUCAAUCCUCUUUUUCAUGGAUGGUAGAAGGUGAACAAAGAACUUCUAAUGGCAUGAGCAACAACCCUCUUCGCACUGGAAAACGGAAUUACGAACAAAAGAACAAGGUUCGUUCUUUUCUUUUUGGUGAAAGUGGCCCGCAGGAGUCAUCGCAAGGUGAAGACGAUUCUCAGGAAGAGAGAUUUGAGGUCUGACAGGUCAGCUUACACUCGUGACGAUUCUUGAAGGAAAUUCCACUUGAUGUGGAGUAAGACAAGGCUUACGCGCAGAUGAAUAUCGUAUUAGUUGAUGCUCCGCUCAGAGGUUCUUAGUCAUAAUGAAGAGAUUAGUAGUAGCGCUGGGAAUUUUACGAAUGCAAGAUCUUUCCAUGAAACCUCCAGGCA